UCACACCCGCACGCCCUAGAACAUUCACCACCGUAUAGCACUUCUAUCUCUCCGUCAGACACAGUCGCUUCACUCUCCUUCAGAUAUCCCCACGCCGUCAUAACCGCCGUUCUUCAUACCCUAUCACCUCUGCCUCUCGAGUCUCCCCCCGACACCCCAGAGCUACACACACCUCGGCACGCAAUGCCCUCCCGCCGCUACCUCCUUCUCACCCUGAGCCCGGUUCCGUUCCACCGUCUCGCCCUGUACCUCUGUGGCGACGAGGACAAGGAAGACAAGGACGAUAAAGCCGAGUGCCUGAUCCCCCCUCCCGACAGGUUGAACACGUACGAGGAAGCGGCCCAUGUGAGAGACUGCAAGAUGCCUAUCUGGGUCGCGGUGUUGUCGCUGCCGGUUGCUGUGUAUGGUUGGGUCUUCGGUAAAUGGGCGGCGGAGCAGUGGGGGACGUAGGCGCUGUUGGGCCGAAUGCUGAGGAACCAGCUGACGGGAGG